AUUUGCCUAAAAACAAGACCCACAAAUGCAAAACAAAUUUGUUUGAAGGAGUUCCAUCUCUCUCGACCAUCGUCUCACCUUUUUCAAGCAAAUUGGCAUGGUCCUGGUGGGUCUCUCAUGCACUUCUCUUUCUUCUAGAUAUUGUUCUUGAUCUCCAAGUACUUGAGAAAGAAAGAGGUUUUUGCUCCUUUAUAUGAUAGCAAUAUGGAGUCUAGCAGGGAGGAUUUGGUAAGUGCUGUGGUGCCUUUGUUGAAACUCCUCUCCCUCACAGUUAUAGGACUAGUUCUUGCACACCCGAAAACCCAGAUGAUCCCUAGGUCGACAUUCAAGCUCCUCAGCAAGCUUGUGUUUGCUCUAUUCUUGCCCUGCCUAAUCUUUACUAAUCUGGGUCAAUUCAUUACACUCGAGAAUUUUACAUUCUGGUGGUUUGUCCCUGUUAACGUGCUGGUUAGUACAUUAAUCGGUUGCUUCCUUGGGUACUUAGUAGUGAUUAUAUGUCGCCCGCCUGCACAAUUCAAUAGAUUCACUAUUAUCAUGACUGGUUUGGGCAAUACUGGAAAUCUCCCCCUUGCUAUUGUUGGAUCCGUCUGUCAUACUGCAAAUAAUCCAUUUGGGCCAGAUUGCUAUGGGAAAGGAGUGGCUUAUGUCUCUUUUGCCCAAUGGGUUGCUGUAAUUCUUGUUUAUACCUUUGUUUAUCACAUGAUGGAGCCUCCAAUGAAUUUUUAUGAGAUUGUUGAUGAAGGAAUUGAGAUUGGGGAACCACAGCUAGUCAACAAUAUUAGCAGGCCUCUCCUUGUAGAAGCUGAAUGGCCAGGCAUCGAGGAUAAAGAAACAGAACAUUCCAAGACACCCUUUAUUGCUGGGGUCUUUAACAGCAUCUCAAAUUUGACUAUGUCUGACCUUGAUCUUGUUGGGGAAACAGGUAAUACCCGUUCUGAGUCUAUUAGGUGUUUUGCUGAGCCGAAAGUGGUCAGGAGGAUGAGAGUUGUUGCUGAACAAACUCCAAUAAAGCACAUUCUGCAACCCCCAACAAUCGCUUCUCUACUAGCCAUCAUUGUUGGUAUGGUGCCUCAGUUCAAAUCUUUUGUCUUUGGCCAUGAUGCUCCACUGUCUUUCAUUACAGACAGUUUAGAGAUCUUGGCUGGUGCAAUGGUUCCUUCUGUGAUGCUUGUUCUUGGAGGUAUGCUUGCUGAGGGACCAAAUGAUUCUAAACUUGGGCUUCGAACUACAAUUGGUAUAUCUGUGGCAAGGCUAUUAGUGCUUCCUUUGCUUGGGAUUGGGAUUGUCUUCUUGGCUGAUAAAUUGAAUUUUCUCGUCCAUGGUGAUCAGAUGUCCAUAUUUGUGCUUUUGUUGCAGUACACAACACCAAGUGCCAUCUUGUUGGGAGCAAUUGCCAGCUUGAGGGGUUAUGCAGUUAAAGAGGCCUCAGCACUUCUAUUCUGGCAGCAUGUGUUUGCCCUCUUCUCCCUUUCACUAUAUAUUGUCAUCUAUUUUAAACUGCUUUCAUAUAUUUGAAGUUUAUGUAAAAUUCCUUUGCCUCAAUAUUCAUGGUUGGUGAGAAAUCUGGAAUGCAAUGCCUUUAGGUCAUUGCUCUAA